CCUCGCUACACCACGUCUGUUCUACAUAGGAGGAGGUCUCGACUGCAGUACCACAAAGCUUACAGAGCUACUCCAAGUCCUUGAGAACGUCGGUGCCUGCAGAGGAAAGGCUUGUGACGGGUUGCCGAGUGCAGUGAGCAAAGGAAAACAGCAAGUUGGAGAUGAAGAAACUGUUCAAAUCGCCGCAGUGCAUCGUGGUCCUAUCGGCCAUCUUGCUUCUGUAUGCUGACGUCACGAGUUGUCGGACGGUUCUCCUUGACCUCGGCACCGGCCCACAGCACCACGACAUCAGGGAGACCGAGGGCGACACUCGCUACAGCGUGGACGAGAUCAGAAGUCUCAUCCGGAGAAAGUUCUACGACACCAGCAGGGACGAAACGGAGGGGUUUGAAUUCGGCAAACGGACAGGGGAUGCCAGACUAAGUACCGGACUAGUGGGGACGGUACUAGACCGGCUGAACCAGUAUUACUCCACUGCCCGUGGGCCUAACCCCAUCAACUCCAACGAACUUCUCAUGAGUGGCCGACGCUGACAAAACAUGUUCCAGCUUGACGAUCGGCUGAAAACCUAUCAACGGAUGAAGAGCCUACGCAUAAAUGAAAAUGUUUUUGAAGAGCUGUUAACCUCCCCAACAUUUUCUGGGCUUUUAUCCAGCAAGCCUUUAUACACGGAGGCCAAAGCACGUGACUGUAAAUAAUAGAUUGAUUGUUUUGCACCUACUGCUGUACCCUGGCAAAUUAUGUUGCAUUUACCUAGUAACUACUUUUACAUUAGGAGACUGGCAUAAGUACUUUAUAAUGUGACGUGAAGGAAAUAUAUGGGAAAUGGCCAUUUUUCCGGCUAAACGAUAAGGAUAUGACCGAUACGUGUAAUAUCACUAAUAAUCAGAAAAACACGAUGUGAGAAGGAUAAAUUUGGCAUUUCAGCCAUUGUGGAUUUUAAACGUCAGCAAAUAAACUUAAGAGGGACCAACGUUUA